AUGACUACAGUCACACUAAAUGAAGCUUAUUCAAUUGUGGCUGUUUACAAAGACCAAAUUGCUGUAGGAGGAACCAAUGGAAUUUCUAUUGUAGACCUCCAAGGUCAGCAAGAACACUUGUCUGAUAUUGAAACCCAAAAUUUAAGCUGAAGCAAAGAUGGACUUUUAGCAGCUUCAAGAGGGAAAGUUCUAGACGUUUAUAAAGGAAAAGAGCUUAUUUGGUCUGUUACCAAACACAUAAGGAAUAUCCGAGAUAUCAAAUGAAACGAUGCAAAUUUAAUUACAAGCUGCAGCACAGAUUCUAAACUUUUUGCAUGGGAUAUCAGAACCAAAGAGCCUGCAAUCACUUUUAACGCUACAAAAGGGGUUGGGGUUUAUCGCCUGGCAUGGUCUCACCAUUCUUCUGAUAUUUUGGCUUCAGCCCAUGACACUGCUUUAAAGCUGUGGGAUGCUAGAUUGCCUAGAAAAUCAUUAGCAACUGUAAAAGCAGCGCACCCAGGAAGAAUCCUAUGCUUGGAUUGGCAUCAUACAGAUUCCUCUAAAUUACUAUAUUAUUUUCCAUAAAUAAAUCCCAACUUUUUUUAUAUUAAAAAUUUCAAAAUUCAGCUUAAAACUCUUAUCAUCUGGCGUCUUAUCCUAUAUAAAAGUCUGGAAAUCAUCCUCUACCAACGUUUCUGUGCUAAAUUCUGCACAAUAUCAUCCUCCUAUAGUAAAAACUUUAUUUACCCCUUCUUCUAAUAGAAUUGUAUGUGUCACCGAACAAUCUGAAGGGAAAUUGCAUAUUUUGGACGCUGAUGAUUUGAGGCCGAAACUUUAUUAUAACUUAAGAUCAGCUUCAAUAGAAGACGUCGCGUGAGGGGAAAAUAAAUUAAUUGUAUUAUCAGCUGACCGUGUUUUAAAUGUUAUUGAGGGACAAGCACUUAUAGAAGAAAAAAUAAAAGAAGACGAGGACUCUGCUGAGGAGGAGUUUGAAGGGGAAGUUUCGAAUUUAUAUAUUGAAGAAAAAGGCUCUAUUUCAUUAGAAGAAGAGCUAAAUAAAGCAGAAAAAAAAUUCAGAGGUCAAGGAAUGAAUAUAGAAGACAAAGGAAUGGGUCAGAGAUACUGUGUAGUCAGAAUCUCUAACGAAAGAAACUAUAUCCGCUACCUUUUCAAGUUUCCUCAAGACUACCCUAAGUCUCCACCAAUUUUGACCCUCCAAGGAUUUUCAAUUGAUGUAAAAGAACACAUAAAAUCAAUAGAAAAAAAAACCUUGAAAAUCUCCACAAAUCGAAGCAAAAACAGUCAAAAUUCCUUCAUCAAGCUUUGUGAUUAUAUCUUAAAAAGUAUUAACAAAAUAUUAUUUUUUCCCUUAUUUUGCCUAUUUUUAUAUAGUAAAAUUGUCUACUGGGCUAUCUAAAGGAAAAACUUAUAUCGCCUCCACCUGAAAUGUUAUUUGAUGGCCUUGAAGCUGAUAUAGUCCAAGAUGAAGAAGAUAUAAUAGAAAACACGUAUCGGUCUGCACUAAUUUCAAGCUGUCCAGCGUCCUCAGGACACUGCUGGCACCCUAGUGGGAAACUAUUCACUUUUAUUUGUUAUAGACCUACAGAACAGAAUACUGACGAAAAUGAAAAUACGACUGACGACUUCUUCGAGGACAUCAAAGCUCAGCAUUUUGAGAUGGGAAUUAACGCAGAAGAGCUAAACCCUGCACAAAAUAACGAAAAUAACCAGAAUUUAGGGAUUUUAUUGGUAGAGUUUAUGUAGUGGGCGGAUUAUAGCUGGCUGCUGCCGUAUACGCCGGUAUUUGUAAAAGAGCUGUCGAUGGACCCGGCGGAAAAUUUGAUUAAUAUAUGCAAGGUAGUUUUUAUAUAGAAAAAUGCAAGUGUCUGUGAAAAAUACGGGCAUGCUGAGGUGGCUAAGUGCUGGGAACUUUUUAUACCUUCACUAGAGCUUUUUGUGAACGUCAGAUCUUGGGUUUCUCAUCCUUUAGGGCUUUCACUCGCCGCAAAAUUUCUUUCUCAUUUCUGCCAAACUUCUAAUAUCACAGGCCGCCUUAUGAUCUGUUUAUUCUGUAUUUUAGCUUUAAAAACUACAAAUUCUGAGGCAUGCUCUAUAAAAAGGAGCAUAACAAUAUCUUCUUCAGACCAAUCUUCUCCUGAAUCUAUUGAAAAUUACUAUAAAAGAACCCCCUGCCGAUAUCUGAUAUUUCUAACCCUUAAAGAAUUUUCUGAAAUUUUGCUGUCUUGGGGAAUGCAAAGUACAGCAAUAAAAAUCUUAAAAAUGAUGAAUGUGCUUUCCCUUAAUAAUAUGCUUUUGUCUGGUGAAGAAAGCUUAGGAUUUAACAUGAUCCAUCCUAAAACUACCCAUCUACAGGUUAAUUGCAAUAAAUGCAAUACAAAAUUCCUUAAAUGCAGUAUCUGCUUAAAAGCAGUUUUAGGUUUAAGCGUGUUCUGUGAGAUCUGUGGCCAUGGCGGACAUUUGAUUCAUCAAAAGCAAUGGUUUUCUAACGAAGCUAAGUGCGCAAGCGGUUGUGGCUGCAGCUGUGUAUUCAGAAAUUCAACAUAA